AUGGGCAAGAACGUCACGGCCGGCGCCGAUCCGUUCAAGCUCUCCGUCGUCGCCGACGGCGACGAGGCGACGGUGACCUUUUCAGGCGACGACCUCACGGGCUAUGAGUACAUCUUCGAGACGGCGUCGGGCGCGUUCGAGGACGGCGGCUGCAAGGGCAAGCGCUCGACGCUCAACGGCGACAAGAUCGCCGGCUACAAGAGCGGCAGCGAGCCUCCGCCGCGCCUGAGCCGCGAGGCGCGCGGCCUGGCGAAGAAGACCAAGGAGGAGCGCACGGGCGCGCGGCGGCGGCGGAAGACGGGCGCCGCCGUGAAGCGCGAGCGCAAGGCGCUGGCGGCCGCGCAGGCCGCCGGCUCGCCGCCGCAGGCGCUCACGCCGACGCUGAACCCGCACGUCGUCGCCUUCGUGCCCGACUUCAGCCUCGACGACGCGCCGCGCGACUUCCCCGGCGCGCCGCCGGCGCCGGCGCCGUUCGACGGCGUCCGGCCGUUCGACGGCUUCGAGGCCCCGGCCUACGACGACGGCUUCCGGCCGUUCGACGGCGUCGAGACCCCGGCCUACGACGACGGCCUCCGGCCGUUCGACGGCUUCGAGACCCCGGCCUACGACGACGGCUUCCGGCCGUUCGACGGCUUCGAGGCCCCGGCCCGCGACGACGGCUUCCGGCCGUCCGACGGCUUCGAGGCCCCGGCCCGCGACGACGACGAGGCGGACGGCAACUUCGAGUUCCUGCGGCUCGCGCGCACGGUCUUCCGGCCCGGGCCGCCCGCGGCGGCGGACGUCGGCGCGCAGCGGACGUUCCACGCGCGGAACGCGGCCGCGUGGGCGUCGGCCGUCGAGGCGUCCGCGCGCGCGCGCGCGGAGGACCUCGAGCUCCGCGGCGGUGGCGGCCGGCGCGCCUGGGCCGCCUGGGCGACGUGCGCGGCGGAGGCCGAGCGCGCGCGCCGGCUCGUCGUGCUCGCGGAGCUCGAGGAGGAGGAGCGCGCGGAGCGGAGCCGGCGGCGCGCGUGGGCCGUCGAGGCCAUCGCCGGCGAGCAGCGGCGCCGCGUCUCCGACACCUUCCUGCUGGAGACGGCCUCGACGCGCUGGUUCGAGGAGCUGGUCAACGCCAAGACCUGGGACGACGACUACGAGGUCGUCUGCCCCUACGCGUGCUUCGGCUGCGGCCACGCGUGCGCGCGGUCGGGCCUCGUCGCGCACCUCGCGUCGUGCCCCCGCGCGCCGGCGUCGAGCGACCAGGCCCUGGAGCUCGACCGCGCGCCGCGGCUGCCGUCGGGCGGCGGCGACGAGGACGAGAAGUACCUGGUCGUCUGCCCGAACGCGGUCAUGGGCUGCGGCGUGUCGUGCCGGCGCGGCGAGGAGCUCAGUGCGCACCUGGCUUCCUGCCCGUUCUCCGACGUGACGCGGGAGCGCGAGGAGCGCACGCGCGAGCGGUGGCGCGUCGUCGUCGCGGCGGAGGUCGAGCAGGAGCGGAGCCGGCGCGUGCAGGGCGGCGACGCGCGCGCGGCCGUCGCGGCGGCGGCGGCGCGCGUCGCGCGGCGGCGGUCCCGGGGCGCGUCGUCGGCGGGGGCCGGCGACGACGCGCGGGGGCUCGCGCGGCUCGUGCGGCGGCACCGCGACGCGUCGCUGGCCGCGCUCGGCGGCGAGCUCGCGGCGCUCCGCGCGCGGCAGCGCGCGGCGUCGGCGGCCGCGGCGCCGCCGCGGGAGACGGCCGUCGCCGUGACGCGCGGCGCCGUGGCCACGGCCUUCCCCGAGGCGGGCGGGAUGACCGUCGAGCUCUUCGGGUCGUGCGCGUACGGGCUCGACUUCGGGGACAGCGACCUGGAUUUAGUAGUGGUGGGCUGGGACGCGCUCCGCGAGAGCGACGAGCUGCUGAGCAACCCGACUUAUGUAUUGCACCGCCUGGCCCAGUACCUGCGCGCGGCCGACGGCGUCCGCGUCGACAAGGUCCUCGACAAGGCGCGCGUGCCCGUCGUCCGCGCGGUCGUCGACACGGCGGCGUGGCACCCGAUGGGCCCCCUGGUCAAGGUCGACAUCUCCCUGGACUGCGCGGGCCACAGCGGCCUCGCCGCCGCGGCGCUCUGCGAGCGCCUCGUGUCGCGGCUGCCGGAGCUCGCGCCCGCGGCGCUCGCCGUGCGGUGCCUCCUCGCGGCCGCGGGCCUCAACGACGCCUACACGGGGGGCCUGCCGUCCUACGCCGUGCUGCUCAUGGUCUUCUACUCCCGCCUCCACGCCAAGCGCUCCGCGGAGCACCGGCUGCGGUCCCGGGGGUUCCGGAGCGAGCGGACGCUCCGCGACGACGCGUGGCGCGACGCGACGGCGAAGCGGCUGCUGCGGCGCACGUCGGAGCGCACGCCGCCGUCGAGCCCCGCGCGGCGGCCGCCGAAGACGCCGCCGUCGAAGGACGAGGCCUCGUCGUCGCCCCUCGCGUCGCCGAAGCCGUCCGCGUCGUUCGCGCCGACGUUCGCGUCCGCGCACCCGCGCGCGCGGACGCCGACGCUCGCGACGCGCGGGGCUCUGUACGGCGCCGAGGUCGCCGACGCGCUCCUGCGGGACGCGCCCCGGGGCGACGACGACGAGGCGGACCUGAGCCACCGCGACGUCGCGCUCGCGCUCCUCGACUUCCUCGAGCUCUUCGGUCUGGAGUUCGCGCCCGAGUCCUGCGGCUUCUCCGUGCGCCGGGGCGGCCGGCGCCUCGCGCCGGGCGUCCCCAACGCCUUCAUCCUCAUCGAGGACCCGCUCGAGCCGUCGAACAACGUCGGGCGGAACUCGUACAACGUCGGCGUCGCGCUCGAGCUCUUCGCGUCCAAGUACGACGAGAUCCGCGACGCGCUCCUGAAGCUGCCCGCGCCGUCGGCGCGGCGGCCGCCGACGGCGUCCUUCCUGGACGCGCUGCUCGCGAACGUCGAGGCGACCGCGGUCGCCGAGGCGCCCGGGGAGGCCGCCGCCGUCGCGGCCGCGCCCGCGCCGAAGGAGCCGCCGCGGAGCCCCCCCGGCUUCGCGACGAGAACAAAGAUGGUCGUCCUCUCCCACCUCUGCCUCCUCCUCGCCGCCGCCUCCGCCGCGGGCGUCGUCCGGCGCUACAGCGAGCUCGAGGGCCGGCCCUACAGCAUCGCCCGCGACGGCCGGUCGCUCCUCGUCAACGGGAGCCGCGUGCUGCUGCUGUCCGGGUCCAUCCACUACCCGCGGUCGACGCCGGCCAUGUGGCCCAAGCUCUUCGCCGAGGCGCGGGCCAACGGCCUCAACGCCAUCGAGUCCUACGCCUUCUGGAACAAGCACAGCGCGACGCGGUACGGCGCCUACGACUACGGCUUCAACGGCGACGUGGACCUCUUUCUGUCGCUCGCCGCGGAGCACGACCUCUUCGUGCUCUGGCGCUUCGGGCCCUACGUCUGCGCCGAGUGGCCCGCCGGGGGCAUCCCGGCGCGCGCGCCGCGUCGCGCCGUCUUCGCGAGCAACGCCUGGAUCCACGACGUGCCCGGCAUGAAGACGCGGACGAACAACACCGCGUGGCUCAACGAGACGGGCCGGUGGAUGCGGGACCACUUCGCCGUCAUCGAGCCCCACCUCUCGCGCAACGGCGCGUCAAACCGCAUCGAGAACGAGUACGGCGGUUCCAAGUCCGACGCGGCCGCCGUCGCCUACGUCGACGCGCUCGACGCGCUCGCGGACGCCGUCGCCCCGGAGCUCGUCUGGAUGAUGUGCGGCUUCGUGAGCCUCGUCGCGCCGGACGCGCUCCACACGGGCAACGGCUGCCCCCACGACCAGGGCCCCGCGAGCGCCCACGUCGUCGUGCCCCCCGCGCCGGGCGCCGACCCGGCCUGGUACACGGAGGACGAGCUCUGGUACGACGCCUGGGGCCUGCCGAGCCUCGCGCGGCCGCCCGCGGACGUCGCCUACGGCGUCGCGUCCUACGUCGCCACGGGCGGCGCGAUGCACAACUUCUACAUGUGGCACGGGGGCAACCACUACGGCAACUGGUCCACGGCGACGCCCGACCUCGGCGGCGCGUCGUCCCCGGAACCGCCCGCGUCCCAGGUCCGCUACGCGAACGCCGCGCCGCUGCGGAGCGACGGCUCCCGCCACGAGCCCCUCUUCUCCCACCUCGCCGCGGUCCACGGCACGCUCGACGCCUACGCGGAGGUUCUGCUCGGCGCGACGCCGGAGGCGCUCGCGACGCCGUCGUGCGUCGCGGCGUGCCCGCACGCCUACUUCCUCAAGUUCGCCAACGACACCGCGUCCGUCGUCUUCGGCGUCCACGCCUGCGCCCAGUGGAACGCCUGCGACGCCAACGCGACGGCCGCCGUCGACGUCCGCGCGAGCAACGCGACGGGCCUCUUCCCCGCCGGCGCGCCGCCGGCGCUCGUCCUGCCCUUCGGCAGUGUGGUCGCGCUCGACGGCGCGUCGGGCGCGGUGCUCUUCAACACGUCGGACGUGGCGCCCGUCGACGCGCCGGCCAUCGCCUGCGGCCCGGCCCUCGCCUGGACGAACUGGACCGACGGCGACGGCCGCGGCUGGUUCGCCGCGGACUUUUCCAAAGCGCAAGGCGCCGGCGACGCGGCGACGCUCCUCGACCUCGACGGCCUCGGCACGGGCAUGGUCUUCCUCGACGGGGUCCACGUGACGAACUUCAACCUCGCCACGGCCGACUGCGGCCAGCGGGGCAAGCCGCGCUGCGGGUCGCGCCAAGUCGCCGGCGCGUAUGCGGGCGUCGUCCCGGAGGCCAACGCGCCGGGCGACGGGGCCUGCGGCGCGCCGUCCCAGCGCUACUACCACGUCUACCCCGAGGCGACGGACGCAAAGACGAUCUUGAUCGCCGUCCCGCCGGGCGAGGCCGCGCGGGACCCGUCCAAGGUCCGCGUCUGCGCGCGCGCGCUCGGCGCGACGUCCUGA